UAUAGUCAGUGCAACUUCCCCUUUUCAAGGUGGAUACAAGAAGUUGCCCGAUGUGCAGGCAGAGAAGGAGGAGAGGGCAGCAGUGAGUGUCCAGACAAACAGCUCUAUCCUACCACCAGCUAAAUAGCCAGAUUCUAGCAUUCAGUACAAGGGGCCAGCCUCAGCCAUGGAAGAUACAUACAUCAGACACAUAGAGCUGCUUGGCUUCGAGAAAAGGUUUUUUCCAAGCCAACAUUAUGUUUACAUGUUCCUGGUGAAAUGGCAGGAUCUAACUGAAAAACUAGUCUAUCGAAAAUUUACGGAGAUAUAUGAAUUUCAUAAAUCCUUGAAGGAAAUGUUUCCCAUUGAAUCUGGGGACAUCAACAUUGAGAAUAGGAUCAUCCCUCAUUUACCAGCACCCAAAUGGUUUGAUGGCCACCGAUCUACACAGAACAGGCAAGGCACGCUGAGUGAAUACUGCUACGCCUUACUGAAUCUGCCACACAAGAUUUCCCGAUGCUCCCAUGUUCUGAACUUCUUCAAAGUCAGGCCUGAUGACUUGAACCCACCCACAGACAGCCACAUCAAGAAACCAGAGACAUAUUUAGUGCCAAAGGACUCCAAGAAAAAUGUCGCAGACAUUACUGGCCCCAUCAUCCUGCAGACGUACCGAACGAUUGCUGACUAUGAGAAGAACUCUGGCUCUGAGAUGGCUCUGAAAACUGGGGACGUGGUGGAGGUUGUGGAGAAGAGUGAAAGCGGCUGGUGGUUCUGUCAGGUAAAGAAUAAACGUGGCUGGGUCCCAGCCGCUUACCUGGAGCCUAUGGAAGGUCCUGAUGAAUCUGAAGAGCAGGAUCCGAACUAUGCAGGGGAGCUCUUUGUUGUCAGAAAAGGCUACACAGCUGCUGAGGAUGAUGAGCUGACACUGAAAGAAGGAGACACCAUAGAGGUUAUCCAUAAGCUACUUGAUGGCUGGUGGGUUGUCAGGAAGGAAGAAAUCACCGGUUACUACCCCUCCAUGUAUCUGCACAAAUCUGGGGAAGAGAACAACCCUGUGAAGAAUAUGCUGAGAAACAGAGGUGCCCCUCCUAGAAGGUCGACCAUCCGAAAUGUCAAGAGCAUCCACAAGCAAAGCCGAAGACAGAUCAGCCAGGAGAUGUACAGACGGAACAGCAUGAAGUAUAGGAAGAUGAAGAUGCAGAGCAAUCUCCAGAACAAGUCCAACACUAUCAGAGAGAAAAAUGAAAUGGUGGAAAAUGUGUCCAAGGCCCAACCGGCUGUUCCGCCACGACCCAGUAAGGACCUGAUCAUGAAUCGUUGUACAGAGAGCACGAAGAACAAGAUCAAAUGAUCCCAUUGGGGAAAAAAUAUAAAGCUGAUGCUUAUUCUCUGCCAGGACUCUGUAGCCAGACUGGACAGUUCUGGUGAAUGUUGGCACCACUACGAGAGUGGCAGUCGUCAUAGAGUUUCUCAGAGCUACAGGUUAUGGCACUUCAAUUAAGGUUCCACAUAUAAUUCAGCCUCUCAACAAAUCUGAAUUGUUCUAACCUUGAUGGGACAAAUUUAGUCUUCAUUUAUACUUGUGCAAUCCCAGGGAGUACAAUGAGGCUGAAUUGGUGCACUAGGACAGAAUUCGGCAAGAUAUUCUCAGUAACUGAUUACAUUUUAAAAAAAAGUUUACUAUGAUCUGCUACACAAAAUAUGGCUGAUCAAGGAUCAGGGGGUAGCCGUGUUAGUCUGUAUCCACAAAAAUAAAGAGGAGUCCGGUGGCACUUUAACGACUAACAGAUUUAUUUGGGCAUAAGCUUUUGUGGGUAAAAAACCCACUUCUUCAGAUGCAUGGACUGAAAAUUACAGAUACAGGCAUAAAUAUAUACUGGCACAUGAAGAGAAGGGAGUUGCCUUACAAAUGGAGAACCAAUGUUAAAGGCCAAUUUAGACGGGAUGGAUGUAGUCCACUCCCAAUAAUUGAUGAGGAGGUUCACUCCAUGCAGCUGAAGAAGUGGGUUUUUUACCCACAAAAGCUUAUGCCCAAAUAAAUCUUAGUGUCUCUAACUGGUAGUGAUCAAUCUAUUAGGGAUCGAUUUAUUGUGUCUUGUCUAGAUGCGAUAAAUUUAUCCCCGAACGUGCUCCCCAUCGACUCCGGAACUCCAGCUUGUGAGAGGCGGAAGCAGAGUCGAUGGGGGAGCAGCAGCGGUCGACUCGCCGCCAUCGUCAUGGCCAGGUAAGUCGACCUAAGAUACUCCGACUUCAGCCAUGCUAUUCGCAUAGCUGAAGUUGCAUAUCUUAGGUCGACUCCCCCCGCCCACAGUGUAGACCAGGGCUAACAUGUCACCGGACUCCUUGUUACAGUUGAUCAUGGCACUGAUCAGAUGAGCUGUUGGGUGAACUCGUCUCUCAUUGACCUGCAGCCCCUUCUGGGCUACCUGGGACUUCACUGACUUUUUUGCAUCGAGCAAUAAGAGAUUCUUAGUUGAUUCUUUUCCCACCAUUUGAACUUGGAACCUAGAUGAUAUGGUUUGCACUUAUUAGCUUGCUCUGUAAUAUAGCCAUUUUUGUGACUCUGUUAUUGUAGGAGACUCCCAUGUAAAGUUAAUACAUACAUCUCUCUUAAUCCAGUACAGUGUUUUACUAGCUAAAUAUGUCUGUGGUUUGAAAAGGCAUUUUAUGUGUGUAAUACACUCAUGUUGGCUAAAUGACUGAUUGAUUAAACAAGUCAGAGAAAAGAGCUGCUGAAUUGCAAUCUGACUCCUGCAGCCAAGAUCUGCUACACGUUCAACAAAAGUUGAGUGGCAUAUUGCAAGAGUUACUGAAGAAAGGGAUUUCCUGACAGAUCCUUCCCAACAUGCAGUGGCUAUUGCACAGUGGGUUUACCACAGGCCUCUUACAAAAGAUGUUGAUAUCAAAGAGGAAAUUCCAUCUGGCUAUCUACAGUAACAAUCUAUGGCUGUAAUUGUAACUGAUAACUUUUGCAAAGUGUCCAAGGGCUGCUAGGGUCUAACAAAAUUUGGCUCCCUCCUGCCUUCUAAUGGGAAAACAGAAAAACGUGUAGAGACUCUCAUUUAUUAUUUGUAUCGGGUUUAAAAACAGUAAGUCGGCCCCAUGAAAAUCACGGGAUUGUCUUAAAAAUCAUGAGAUUUUUACACAACAAAGUUGAGAUUCUUGGAUUUGCCGUCUUGAUUUUUGAGGCUUUAGGCGUUUUCAAGCUUUUCUCUGCAGUCAUAAAGGCUAGAAACUUACUUUGCAUAAGAACCUCAGCUUUCAUUAAAAAAUACCAAACACCAAAUAGCAUGAGACUUGUGAUAAAUGGGCGAGAGUUGGCAGAACUGCCUGGUAGCACUUCCAGACCUCAGUGACAGACAGGAUCAGCUAAUGUGAUAGAUGCUGCUUUAUGCAUAUAACCAAAUGACCGUGCCUGCCCCGUUGAGCCGGCAAUGUCAGUACGUAGGCCUUUUCUUCCCCAUGCGAGGGGGGUUUGAGAGAGCGAGCCAGAGGGCUCUUUCCAAGUAUGUUCAGUCUCCGUUCGGUGUUUUUUGCUUUUCUUCUCUAUUAAAACAUUUUUGAGGUUC